AUGGAGUAUAUGCAGGACAAGAUCAAAGAGAAGCUUGCCUCGCUCAGAGCGGAAGCGGACGCCAACGCAGAGCGAGCCGAGGCAGCAGAGGCCAAGAACAAGACUCUCGAGCAGGAAGCGCUGCAAAAGGAUCAGCAGAUUGCCAGCCUCAAUCACAAGGUUCAGACGCUCGAGGCCGACCUCGACAAGAUCGAAGCCAAAGUCGGCGAUCACAAGAAAGCUGUCGAAGAGUCUGAGACACACAAAUCCGCUUCAGAGAACCUGCAACGAAAGAUACAGCUGCUCGAAGAAGAGCUUGAUCAUAGCGAGAAGAAUCUCAAGGAGACCACCGAGAAACUGCGACAGAUCGACGUCAAGGCCGAGCACUUUGAGCGCCAAGUCUUGCGUGCAGAGCAGGAGCGCGACUCUUGGGAGCAAAAGUACGAGGAGUCACAGACAAAGUACCUGGCUUCCAAGAAGGAGCUCGAAGAGGUCGUCUCCCAGAUGGAAUCGCUGUAAAGGCCAGCCAGAUUUGCGCUGCUCCACGUCAAAUCUCAACGUUACGCUACAUCUUCGGUCUGUAUCUGCAUCUACAACAAUACCUGCUCAUCAGUCGCGCUGGCCCAGUCUGCUCACGCAGCGACUGUGGCGCUCUCUUGAGAUGCUACAACGAGCGCUUUGAAUGCGGAUGA